UCACCAUAUGUGGUGCGGCGCAGGCCAGGACCAUUGAGAUGAGAUUUGAUCUGAUGGAAAAACAACUUAACGAAGUUCUUACGAGAGAAAUGAACCUACAGAAGGACAAUGAAGGUCAGAGAACUGCCUUGCGUGACAUUGAAGUUGUUGUUGAAAAACAGAGAAAGAUGAUUGAAGAACUCCAAGAUACCGUUGUGCAUCAAAACAAUCACAUUGAGGGGUUACAGACGACAGUGAGGGUGCAGGAGUUGAGAAUAAACGAGCUUGAGGGCGCAAGUCGGGAACCAAAAUCGGAUGAAAAUGAACUAGGCGAAAACAUGCAGGACACGGGGAAGUCUGUAGCUCCUCGGAAUUUGAAAACAAAAAACUCUGGUAUCUUUCAAAGACGGUCGCCACCGGAAAUAGCCGUCGCUUUUACCGCAGUGAAAGUUGCGACCCAAACCGGUACGGGGAUUAAUCAGAACAUUUGAAAACGUCAUACUAAACCAAGGCAACGGCUUUCAUUCCAAUCAUGGAGUUUUUAUCGCUCCUCAGUCGGGAAUUUAUCUAUUUACCGCAAGUUUGCUUCAUACGGCACAGUCAACUUACAUGCACGCGGCAAUUAUUCAUGAAGGAAAAAUAAUUGCAAAAUUUGAUGGAAACACCGGAUGGGAGCAAUUCAGCCAGACUGUCGUGAUACAAGUGAACGCUGGCAAAGAAGUCUGGAUCAGAAACAUCGACAAUAGCAACGAAAACAUAGGAGAUAGCUACUCUGCUUUCAGUGGUAUUCUUCUGUGGCAAUUGUAAACACCUGGGGCACGUUUCAAACAAGAUCCAAGUCGAUUUUAAGCGUAUUGAAAUUACUUUUGUGUCUUUGUUUUAUAAUGUUCCAAUAUAUUUGAGAGAAUCGAAAUUUAGCCAGUAAUAAACAUGACGUGUGGUCAUUUCUAGCGUUUAUAGUUUUAAGACCAUUGAAGUUACGACUAAAGUACUUAUCUGAAACCGGCCCAAGACACCUAUAACAUGCGUCAAUCAUUUUUGAAGUGACUGCUCAACACAUGUGACUUUUAU